AUGACAACACGUCCUCUAAGUACAAAUACAACCAAGACUUUGAUCUCUCCAGACAAUGAGUCUUCCAACUCUGAUCGCGAUGUCUUUUAUUCUCUAGACACCAGCAUUACCAAAAAGAGACAAACUACAGACGAACAAGAACUGACAAGAAAAAUGCCUGUGCCUCCACGCCCUGUCAGUAACUUUUCUUUAGAAAGUCCUGAUUGGGAAAAACACAAUACAGCUUGGGCAUUUCUGCAGCCUCUAGACCCUUCAUAUACAUCCAAAUAUUUGACCAAAAGAGAACCUGAUCAUAAUGGACGCGUUGGAUUUUUGAUUGGUCGUGCAGAAGAUUGUGAUGUUAGAGUGAAAAUGGAUGCGAUUAGUAAACAGCAUUGUUUGAUUUAUAUGGAAACAGGCGCCACUGACAAAGCGAAAGGUAUUCGUAUUUAUAUUGAAGAUAAAAGUUUCAAUGGUACAUUUGUUAACGGUCAACACCUUGGCAAUGGAAGACGUGUCUUGUUAAGAAAUGGAGAUGAAAUUCAAUUGCUAAGAAGUCCUAAAUUCCAUAAUCCUGAUAAAUACAAAUUUUUCCGUAUUCUGUUUCCUCCAAAAUACGAAGCCAAUACGUGUGAAUCAGAGUAUGAAUUUGGAUCACUUUUAGGUUCUGGCAGCUUCGCUAGUGUUCGUCUUGCUACCCACAGAAUCACAAAGCGUAACUAUGCUAUCAAGAUCCUUGAAAAAGUUCGUUUUUCAAAAAAACCCAAAAUGCUAGAUUCGAUUGUAAAUGAGAUUGGUAUAAUGAAUAGCAUGACAAAGCAUCCAUUAGUAGUACAAAUGAUUCGAACUUUUAAUGAAUUACAAAAAAUGUACCUUGUCUUGGAAUAUGUGCCUGAUGGUGAAUUAUUCCAGUACGUGGUAGACAAUAAAUUCUUGGAUGAAGAUACAACCCGUUUUAUCUUUUGGCAAUUGUUUACUGCUAUUAAGUUUCUUCAUAAAAACAAUAUUGCUCAUCGUGAUUUGAAGCCUGAAAAUGUGUUACUUGCCAACCGAGAAACACUUCAUAUUAAAGUAUCUGAUUUUGGUCUGGCCAAAUCUGAAGAGCGUAAUCAAGCCUUUGAUUCUCAAUGUGGUACACCUAAUUACAUCGCCCCUGAAAUCCUUGACCCUGCUAAACACCGUUCUUAUGGUAAGAAAUGUGAUCUUUGGUCUCUUGGUGUCAUGUUGUAUAUCUGUCUAUGUGGAUUUCCACCCUUUUCAGAGGAGAAUGGUCCACCCAGUAUGAAGAUGCAGAUCAAGACGGGAGCUUAUUCUUUCCCUUCCCCUUGGUGGGAUAAGAUAUCAGACAAUGCUAAAGACUUGAUUAACAAAUUACUGACAGUUGACCCAAAACAACGUUUAGAUAUUGAUGGUGCUCUUGAUCAUGACUGGAUGGUGAUGAAUGCAGAAGGAUUGUAUGCCAGACAAAUCAAACUGGGUGAGAAUGUACUUGAACAAAUACAAGCAUUGUCAGAACCUGUUGGUUAUACACCCACUCAAGCCAUUAAGAAUACACAGGAUAUCAACAGUCAAAAAUAAAGAAUUGUAUGUAGCACAAAGAACAAUAAACAAAGAUCAUAAGAUGCCAUC